CACUCAUUCAUUCAUUCAUUCACUACUGUGUAGUAUAGUAACGGUAGUGCUGCUCUGUUUACGUUCAUCCUUGCAAAUCUAAUUAAUUAAUCUAACGGAUUUAAAAAUAAAACUUAUACAAUGGGUAAAAAAGAUAAAAAUAUGACUGUAGAAACUAAAAAGUUAUAUUCUGAUGAUCCAGGAUUAGAAGUAACGAUUGAAAGAGAAGUAAACGAGCAACCACGUGUUGCUUGGGAUUCAAAAUUACAAUAUUUUUUCAUGGUUAUAUCUUACGCUGUUGGAUUAGGAAAUGUCUGGAGAUUUCCUUACCUCUGCCAACGAAAUGGAGGAGGAGCAUUUCUCAUCCCUUACCUCAUUAUGUUGUUCAUCGAAGGAAUGCCACUACUUUACCUCGAAUUUGCCGUCGGACAGCACUUCCGGCGAGGCAGCAUCGGCGUUUGGACGAAAGUUCAUCCGUAUCUGGCUGGCAUUGGCGUUGCCAGUGCUGUGACAUCAUUCAUGGUGGGCAUAUAUUACAAUGCCAUUAUAAUGUGGUGCUUUUACUAUGUUGCCAACUCUUUUCAAUAUCCACUACCGUGGUCUGACUGUGAGCGAAUAAACGGUACAAUAAAAGAUAUAGAGUGCGAAAAAGGAGGACCAACUUCGUACUUUUGGUACAGACAAGCUCUAGACAUUUCACCAGGAAUCGAUGAAAGUGAUGGCAUUAAAUGGAAAAUGUUACUAUGUCUGCUGUUUGCUUGGGCAGUUAUUUAUGCCUGUAUAUGGAAAGGGAUAAAAUCUUCAGGCAAGGUUGUGUAUGUUACAGCAACCUUUCCAUACGUAGUACUCAUUAUAUUUUUUGGACGUGGUAUAACUCUCAGAGGAGCAACGGAUGGUCUGUUGCAUCUAUUUACUCCAAAGAUUGAAAGACUUGGAGAUCCACAAGUGUGGCUCGAUGCCGCUACACAGAUCUUUUAUUCAUUUGGUUUAGGAUUCGGGGGACUUAUAGCUUUCUCUAGUUAUAAUCCCAGAAAUAACAAUUGUCAAAGGGACGCUAUUAUUGUGGCAUUGACAAAUUGGUUUACCGCUAUUUUUUCCUCGACUGUAAUAUUUUCAGUUCUUGGGUUUAAAGCAACGCUAAUGUUUGAAACUUGUCAGGACAGAAAUAUAAACCAGUUACUAAAUAUGUACCCCAAUCUGAACUCUAGUGAACUUACUAGAGAAGUAUAUCUACAAGAUUACCAGACUAAUUCAUCCAUAAAGAAUCUAUUAUUUAAUGAAACAUUGAUGGGCAAACAAUUCUGGUACUGUGAUUUAAAAGAUGAUCUCAAUAAGGCAGCAGAAGGAACGGGUCUUGCAUUUGUUGUGUUUACGCAGGCCAUUGUCGAAUUUGGUCCAUCAGCGCCAUUCUGGUCGAUUAUUUUCUUUUUGAUGCUCCUGUCCCUUGGUAUCGGCAGUGAGUUUGGGACUUUGGAAGGUGUCACAACAUCUAUCUAUGACAUACAAGGUGUACCGAUACUUCAAAAGAAAUGGUUGGUAUCAGGUAUAUUAUGUUUAGUGAGUUGUUGUAUUGGAAUGAUUUUUGUUCUCGGAAGCGGUUCCUACUGGGUAGCCUUGUUUGAUUCCUAUGCAGGUUCAUUUCCAUUAAUCACAGUGGCCUUAUUUGAAAGUAUUUCUAUAGGAUGGGUGUAUGGAGUAGACAGGUUUGCAGAAGAUGUUAGGCAAAUGAUAGGAUCUCCUAUCAGUCGAUAUUGGAAGAUCACCUGGAAAUACGUGGCACCAUUUAUGAUAGCUGGGUUGUUGUUGGCUACAUUUAUUAGUAAAAUUGUAAAUCCAAUUACAUACACUGUUUAUGAUAAAACAGAGGCAGCGACAAAGGAUAGUCCAUAUCCCUGGUUUGCUGGCAUGAUAGCGUCUAUACUGGUAUUAAGUUCUGUCCUUUGUAUACCUGGCAAUGCAUUGUUGCGUAAAUUUGGAAUAUUGAAAAUGAGUUAUUCAAAGAAAGUACAAGCUGAUAUGCAUGGUGUGACAAGUUCAACUGUAGCCUUUUCAAGAGCUGCUGAUGACGAAGAAGACAGCGAUUCAGGUCAUAAUUCAGAAGAACUUGUAACAACACCUUUCCUAGAAAAUAAAGACACAAGUUGUGCUAUAGAAGAAGAAGAAGAUAAUGUAAAACUUUAAGGACAAUUCUUCACCUUAAGUCAAUUGUAUAUUCAGCUGUUGUUAUCACUUAUCACUUUUCAAGAGAUAUAUUUAAAAUUUCCUAUGGAAGUCGAGAGUUGUAGUCAAAAGUUACUGGAAGCAUUUAUGCUACCGAGAUUAUUUAACAUAAAGGCAGCAUUUCAUUAAAUAGUUGACUGGGUAUUAGUUGAUGCUUUGAUAGAAAGAAAAGGAAAUGGUGAAAAUGCUCUACAUAUUAAGGACUCCCAAAAGUAAUGUGGACAGACAUCACAAAAAGCGGGAGAAGAUAUUAGGGUAACAAUUUCAACCAGUUUUCAAUCAAAAACAUACAAAAACAACAGAAGGUGAAUCAUUCUGCAAAACACCAAAUAAAACCACAGAUUGAGCAACACGAAAUACCGGAAGUGAACGGUGAUUAUCGUUCAUUUGUUUAGGUUAUAAGUUAGUAAACCCAGUUAAAGUAUAACCUGUUCAAUCAAUCUAGUUAUAGUCCUGUUUCAAAAUCCUUAAUUUAACUGAAAAAGGAUCUUUAAACUGAGUUUUAAAUAAAUCAUGCGAGUGGAGAAUUUAUCGUUUUAUAGAGCAGACACUGACACAGAAGUAAAGCAAUCCAUUGUAAAGUUGUUUUACUUUUAUACAUAGCUCUGUACAUCGUUGCUAAAUCAUUUACCAACUAAUAAGUUCUAUAAAAAUGCAUGUUUAGGAAAAUUCAACCUCGAACAAUAAUCAAGCAUGCAUUUAUUAAACGUUUACGUAAAGCAAACUAUAAAAAACAUUCUUAAAAUGUUAUCCAGGAGAUAUCGUGGAUAACUAAUGAAAUGAUUCACAGUAUGUUUUGUUUAAAUAUUUGUAAGUAGUAAAGUGAUACAAGCUGGCAAAUGAUAAAUUUGGUCGAUAGUAAAAGCUUAUGAUUCACGAAAACUAUCAGUAUCAACAUAUUUAUUUUCCUAAAAGUUGUUUUAUAUACCUCUCGAAAAAAUAGUAUACAUAUGACUUUGGGGAUUUUUGUCAACUGUAUGGUUGUGAAUCGCACAUGCGUCAGUAUUCCAUGAUCUGAAGCAUGCUCUUAAUGUAUUUGUCCUUGUUCAAAUACAUGCGUUUUUAUAAUCUUAUUAGGAAAGAUCUGAUGUUUUAAUACUCAACAAUUAUUUAGGACAUGAUAUGAGAAGGCCACUGUUUAACCCUUUGAAUUGGAAAUAUAUAGAUACUAAUAAAUGUAUCAAAUACCAGCAUUCAUAUAUGCAUAGCACAUUUUAUCUUAGACAUUCAUAUUUGUCUGGUAUAUUUGCUUAAGAGUGUCAACAAACUUCUAGCAUUUAAUGCUAUAUUUUGCUAAAAUAACUCAAAUUUGAGAUAUUGUAAUGAGCUGUGAUUUACCAUAACAUUUCUUUCUACAAGACGUCAUUCAUGAAGAUGGUAAUGUGGAUUAACUUUACCAUAUACACAGAAUUGUUAUCUAAGUCAAAUAUGCAAAUAUGCACAUCUUUAUAACAUUAUAUUAGAAGUGAAGUGUCCAGAUUAUGUUCUUUUGCUCACCUUUAAAUAAAAUAGUCAUGACAAAAAAUAAACGAUUUUAGCUUUAAGCAAUUUUAAUUUCCUGGCAAUGGCUCUUAUAGUUCUUCCUCCUUUUAGUUUAGUUUCAGCUAUCAUUGUCCUUCAAAAUCGCGUUGUUCAAUACAUUUUUGUUUUAAAACAAAUUCAAUUUAUAUUCUGAUUUAUCAAAAUGACUUACAUUGUAAAGUUGUACAGUUUAUCAUAGUUUGAUUUAUUUUUUGUAUUUUACUAGCAUUCGUGAUUGUCUUUGUUAAGUUUAUAAUAUUAGUGAAGUGCUAUUCAACAUUACUUGCCUUAUAACUUGUACAUGUUGUGCAAAAUUAACUUAGAUUAUAGCAGUACUUUACAGAAGCAUUUUUGAAUACUAUAUGUGCAAUAAUUGAAAUUCAAAUUUACAAUGCUACAUAAGUAAAUAACUUAGAAUACUUUUUUAUUACAUUGUACCACGUUUUAAGCUCUGCAUUUUUUAAAAGAUAUUUUAAUCGAAAUUAUCAUGUAAAUACACAAAAGAUAUUUGAGUAAGUUUGCUCUUUCCAAAUCCUGACUGUAUAAUAAGUUUUUGACUCUAACUGUAGAUUAACAAUUCAAGGUGAAAGUUAAAUUUUUGGGGUUGUUAUUACAGACUACUGAUGUAUAAAAAUAGCUGUUUAUUUGUCCUUGAAUUUCAUGAUAUUUGAGCUUGGUAUGUUCAUCCCAAUUUUUUUUUAAUUCUUAUUCAAGAAUUGGUUGGGAACAGACAUUGAAUUGUGCAAGUUUUUCAUUUAUUUUCAACUAGGUAUAGAUAUUGGGAUUACAUUAAAUGUUUAGAAGGUAAAGUGUCAGGAAAUGUUUAAUGGGGAUUACAGUCAGAAUAAAUUGAAACUUUAGUACUUGAUAUAUUAUUUGGGCUAACUUAUUGAGAAAUAAUGUAAAAACCCUAAAAAAUUGUCAACUAUUAUCUUUUUAUCAUAUGUGUAUAUGUUGCUGCUUGUUGCAUUAUAGGCGUGUUGUUUGCAAUUAUUUUGUUGAAUUUUAUGAGAGUUCGUUUAGGUAUAUUCUGCUUUUAGAUCAGAUAUUUACUAUGAUAUUCAUCCAACAUGACAGAAGUUAUUAUAAAAAAAAACGAGUCCAGUCUUGGACAAAUCUGUAUUUAUCACUUUUAUUUCUAUAUUAUGUGAUAUCCCUGUAUUUUUAUGCCCCACCUACGAUAGUAGAGGGGCAUUAUGUUUUCUGGUAUGUGAGUCCGUUCGUUCGUCCUUCCGUCCGUUCGUCCCGUAUCAGGUUAAAGUUUUUGGUCAAGGUAGUUUUUGAUGAAGUUGGAGCCCAAUCAACUUGAAACACAGUACACAUGUGCCCUAUGAAAGGAUCUUUCUAAUUUUAAUGCCAAAUUAGCGUUUUGACCUCCCAAUUUCACGAUUCACGGAACAUAGAAAAUGAUAGUGCAAAUUUCAGUAUAAAGUUAGUGGUCAAGGUAGUUUUUGAUGAAGUUGAAGUCCAAUCAACUUGAAACUUAGUAUAUGUUCCCUGUGAUAUGAUCUUUCUAAUUUAAAUGCCAAAUUAGAGUUUUACCCCAAUUUUACGGUCAACUAAACACAGAAAAUGAUAGUGCGAGUGGAGCAUCCGUGUACUACGGACACAUUCUUGUUUAUACUUUCACAGAUACUAUACACUAUAGCUUGUGCAUCAUUUCCAAAUGGGGUAUUUUUGCUUAGUACACGUCUGACAUGUUGAUAAAUUCUGAAUAUUUUAACAGAAUCUUUAGACAUACAUUUCAGGUAAUGUUACGAUCAGGUUUUUGUGUGUAUAAAAAGUGUAAGACAUUGAAAUUCGAUAGAAAUGUAGACCCCUUUUUCAUUGUAAUUAUUUUGGGCGUUCCUGAAUGAUUCUAUAGCUCUAUGACCGACAUUGAUGGUGCAUACGAAGGUGAACGUUGUAAUUAUAUUGGUUUAGAUACAUCAAAUGUUGAUUACAAAUUUAGUUCAUUCCAUAGAUGAAGAUAAUUUUAUUCAUAACUGUUUUGGCGAAAUAUUUUCGAACUUUAUAUAAAAAUUUUAUAUGAAAGAAGGAUGAAAGUUUGUCUUAAUUUGAAAUACGGGUGUUGUUUUAGUUUUUCUUUUCAGUGUGUUUAUGAUGGAUAUGAAACUGUAUAUAAUGUACAAACAUUUAAGAGCGUAUAAGUUGAUAUGAAGAGAAAGAGAGAGAGAGAGAGAGAGAGAGAGAGAGAGAGAGAGAGAGAGAGAGAGAGAGAGAGAGAGAGAGAGAGAGAGAGAGAGAUAUGAAAUAUUCCUUCUACUUGUAAAUAGAUUACAUGAGAAAACUAACAAGUGCAUAUUUUAAGAUCUUUCAAUACCCUUCCAAUGACAAUUUAGACAAUCUGCCAAGUAAUGUUUUCGAAGUCAUUUUGUUUUUUAAUCGUUUUUAUUUCAGUAUGAAGUGUAUAUCAUAAUUGCAUUUACUUUUGAUAAAACAAUAAGGUGAGAAACAAUUGAUAAAGUUGAAAUGCCUGAGCAUCUAUGCAUUUUCCUGCAUUAAACUGUUGUUUACAUAAUGACACAAUAGUAUGGAAAUAAGAACUCUGCGUAGUCGGGACCAUAUCUUAUUUUAGCUAUUUCAGCAUUUUAUUCAUAUUUUUACAAUGGACAAUCAAAUGUUUUAAAUAUUUUGCUUUUAAAUCAGAAAUCAAAUGAACUUGUAUUGUACAUCAGAUUUUAAACUGCAUUAAUCCUAAUUUUUAAAUAUGCGAAUGAUAAUUUUCAACUUCAAGUAUUCCAUAAUGUUAGCAACAAAAUUGGCAUCGUUUUUUUUUACUUUUGAUCAUUUAUUAAAGUAAUAUGUUUUUAUAAAUACAAAUGAACAAUAUAUACAUAUGUGUCAAUGGAUGCAGGCUAUGCUUAUAGUAAACUUUUAUUUAUCAUGCACAACACUUUAUCAAUAUUAUCAUUUGCUUGUAUUUGCCGAUGGGAUAUUUUUUAAAACAUUUUACACAUUUUACCAAAGUGCUGGCGAACUUUGUUGUCGUUAUACAUAUAGUUGACAAUUCUAACAGCCACUUCAAAGAGUGCUAAUUUUGUAAAUAUUGUUUGUCAUUGUUGAUGCAUUUCAAGUUGUUAAAAGUGUGUGAAUAAAGGGUAUGAACUUAA